CCCCCUUAAUAUCGGGGCCUUCUAUCUUCUUCCCAGCCAAAACAAGCAGUUUUCAGAGGUUCCAACAAUGUCGGUCAUGGCCGUUUUCCCCAUUGGCUACUCCUUACACCCUUCGAAAUCACUUCCCUCUUCGAUCAGCCGCCGCCACCGUGGACAUCCAAAGCAGUCUUCACUAAGUCAAGCUGUUUUCUCUCACAUCUCGGGUGCCGAUCAGUUUUCCGUUAUCCACUUCUUUAGACAGUCUUCUUUUACGAUUAGAAGUUUUCUGCAUGAAGAUGGUGAAAACCUUGGGGAUGAACCAAUGGAGAAACUAGAUAAAGGAGAUAGAGCUGCUGAUGAGUCACAUGAAAAUCAAAAUGGCGAUUCCGCAGGAAGAGGAAGUUCUUUUCUGGCAAAAUUAGCGAUCGCAUUAGGCGUCGCUGCAGCUCUUACUGUUGUAUCAUUUGGCCUCAAGGGAGUUAGUUUCGCAUCAUUGCUUGAAGUUCAACGCCUGGCUGAAGUUUCAUCCUCUUCAACCAUGGAUUCCACCGUUGGUUUCACUUUCAAUGGUUUUGGUUACAGAUUUAUACUUCCAGAAAAUGCACCGGGAUGGGUUUACUUUUGGUUGCUUAUGGCUGCUGGUUGUGGACUUUUCAUUAGUGAAGAGGCUUUAAAUAUCUGGGUUGGCAUAACUUUGGCACGGAUGCUAUCAUUGGAUGGAACAUGGCAUUCCUUUGCUGAGUCUUUCUCAAGAAAUGCUCCAUACAUAAUAUCCACAGUUCUCUGGGUAUACUGGGGAGUUUGCAUCAGUGAUAUGAUACCAUUUUACCUUGGAAUGCUGUUCAGACAAACUGGAGCAUCUGAUGAUGUUUGUUCCAAGUUAGGAAUUGGUGAAGAGAAGGUUUCGCAAAUAAGGCGUGCUGUUCAAAAGUAUGGCAAUCUCAUAGGCUUCAUUGAACGAUUUUCACUCGGAGUAAGAAAUCCCACAGCUUUCCUUGCAGGCUCCCUGGGAAUAUCUCCUGAGUUCUUCUUUGCUGGAGUGUGUUGUGGUGGCUUGGUCACUCUUCCCAUUCAGCUCGGGAUCGGAUUUUUGAUGAGGAAACGUCCCGUCUUCGCGCUUGCAACCGUCGCCACAGUAGUGGUAAAACAGGGAGCAUGGACCGUGUUUCCAUAUGUUAUGGCUGCUUCAACUGCAUUGCUCCUUUACCUACGGCGCCACUUCUCAACCUAGCUCGGGUAUUACAGGUUCGGCUUUCAAUCCGGUUUUUUUUUUUUUUGUUAAUAGAGGAUGGAAGCUAUAAUGCUUACAAAUGCAAAGGGCUUACUACUAAUGCCCGAUGGUGUCGUUCAAUAUUUAGAUUUUCAGAUUUCCAUG